AUGCCCAUCACCAGAGCUCUCGGAAUGAGUGUAAGCCGUGCAGGCCGGACACUCCCUCGCGGACUCCGAGCUGCCCCAUUCAGCACUUCAGUCCAGAGGAGAGCCGAUGCCACGGCGCCGUUCAGACUUCCUGAUCCCAGGAACGAGCCCAACCCAGAAUACAGAAAAGGCUCCCCUGAACGCAAGAAGCUUGAAGAGGCCUUAUCCAAGCUCCGCUCACAACUCCCCGUUCGAUCCGACGUCUUCUACAAUGGCACCAUCCAAGCCACGUCCAAGUCACUCGACCAAGUCAUGCCCUCAGAGCAUGGAACCGUCUUCACAAAUUAUCCCAUGGCAUCCCGCCAACAGACCUCAGAGGCCAUUGAGGCAGCGCUCAAGGCUAAGAGGAGUUGGGAGGAGAUGCCUUUUGUCGAUCGAGCUGCUAUCUUCCAGAAGGCGGCCGAACUAGCUACAACUGAAUACCGUUAUGAGUUGAUUGCUGCGACGAUGUUGGGGCAAGGAAAGAAUAUUUGGCAAGGAGAAAUCGAUGCUGCCGCGGAACUGGCAGACUUCUUCCGGCUCAACUGCAACUAUGCUGCCGAGUUGCUCGAGAAGCAACCAACUCGAGGCACCAAUGGUAUGUGGAGCCGAAUGGACUGGAGACCCAUCGAGGGCUUCGUCUACGCCGUAUCCCCCUUCAACUUCACAGCCAUUGGCGGCAACCUCAUCUCAGGCCCAGCUCUGAUGGGCAACGUUGUCAUCUGGAAGCCCUCCCAAUACAACGUCUACGCCAGCGCCAUCGUGUACAAGAUCCUCCUCGAAGCAGGCUUGCCACCAAACGUUAUCCAAUUCCUCCCCGGCGAUGCGGAAGAGAUCACAGACGUGGUUCUGAAACACAAGGACUUCGGAGGCAUCAACUUUGUCGGUUCGUCAAAGGUCUUUCGAUCGAUUUAUGGCAAGAUUGGACAAGGUAUUGCGGAGGAAAGAUAUAAGGACUUUCCUCGUGUGGUUGGAGAAACCAGCGGAAAGAACUUUCAUCUUAUCCAUCCCUCGGCAGACAUUGAAAGUGCUGUGAACCACACUGUUCGUGGCGCCUUUGAGUAUCAGGGUCAAAAGUGUUCUGCUACUUCCCGCGUUUAUCUCCCACAGUCGCGAGCGGAAGAAUUCCUCAAAGGCAUCAAAUCCAAGGUCGAACAGAUCACCAUUGGAAGCCCAGAUAAGCAACUUGAAGCUUUCAUGGGACCUGUCAUCCACAAGCACUCCUUCAACAAGAUCAAAGGUAUCAUCGACUCGGCCAACAACGACCCAUCAGUCAAGCUACUAGUGGGCGGUACCUAUGAUGAUUCUGUUGGCUAUUUUGUGAAGCCAACCGUGUAUCAAGUCGACUCUCCAGACCAUAGACUCUUCAACGAAGAAAUCUUUGGACCCGUAUUUGCAGUUUAUGUCUAUCCCGAUUCUCAAUGGGGCUCCAUUCUGAAGCAGGUUGAUGAGGCCGGAGGUGGUCUCGCCCUGACCGGAGCCAUCUUUGCCAAGAGCCGAGCAGCCAUUCGUGAGGCAGAAGAUGCGUUGCGUUACUCUGCCGGUAACUUUUACAUCAGCAAGUUCCCCCUAAUCAACUGCAAGACAACUGCUGCCCUCAUCGGUCAACAAUCUUUCGGUGGUGGUCGUUCCUCAGGCACAAACGACAAGGCCGGUAGCUCUGAUCCCCUGCGACGAUUUGCGAGCCCCAGGAUGAUCAAGGAGGAGUUCUUCCCUCAAAAGACAUUCCUGUAUCCUAGCAACGAGUCUUGA